UUGUUUUCAGAGUUUGUGGGUCUUCCUAAUCUUCACGCCUGUUAUCAUUUACCUCGACAUGCAUGUACAUUUGGAACCCUUGUGAACACUGAGGUUGGAAUCAAAGAGAUGAUUCACCGCAUUUUUAAAAAUAUGGUUUUGCGAACCAAUCGCAAGAAUGUUGAAUUUGAGUUAUUAAAACAUUACACGACUCUUCAGUCUAUUCGGCAUUUAAUAGACGGUGGGCUUGACCCUCGAUAUUCACGAUCUAAUAACGAUUUUGUUAACAUGCUUCAAGACUCUAAGCAUUUAUUCAGGAAUUGGUUUAUUACAGAAAAU